CUACACUUGACUUCUUCCCUUUAUUUUUUUUUUCUUCUUUUCGUUCUGCUCCCAGUCUGAAUUUCAUCGUCGUCGCCACUCGUCCCACUCUUCAUCGCAUCUGAUAUCAAGUCUCGCCACACACACUCCUCUCUCGCACACACAUUCGCAAUGCCGGUGUCGUUACUACCUGCCUCCGCUGCUGCCUUUGCUCCGCGUUCAGCUCCUACCGUCGUCCUGAACACAAAGGUGGAAGCCUGGUUGACACAGACGCUCAAGAGAGUGAACCGGGUGAAGCGGCCGCUGAAUUCGGCUCCACAGCACUUUCGAUGUCUCACCGAAACACUGUCUGGUCCUGCAGCCAUCUGGUCACUUUGCUCCAUCAUGCUUCCGAAGGCUCCUGAUUCCGAGUUACGCAAAGACUCAAAUCCACUGGUCGAGGCCAUGUUCAACUACCAGCUCAUACAUAUUGAGGCAUACGUCGUACACGUCGACAUGGUAUCACAACAUGAGGUUGCAUUCAAGCUGACCCAGGACACUAUCGACUCCCUGAUCGAGUACCACAAGGACAUCUACUCCGUCGACGUCUCUGCCUCAACCUGGUCCUGGGCCGAGAAGGAGUCCCAGCUGAAGAAAUUGCAAGAGGAAUUCGUGCAGUCCAUCAACCGCUACGUUUUCCGGACCGGAGUGCGCGCAUUGGAAGGCCUGGAAGAAGAUGGUGCCGGCGAACUGCUCGAAGGGAGGGCUGAGGACGUCAAGAAUGCCAUCAUGGGUCUCUUCCUUCCAUUGUUGCCGCCCCCGCCACGGAUCGUCGAUGUCGUUCGCCCGGCUGCUGUUCUCCCAAGCUCCCCUGCCGGGAACAACUGGUGGCAACCGACGGAGGUCAUGCAACACCAGCAACACCCCGUGCAGAUGGAUUCGUGGAAAGUCCUACCUUCGACGCCUAGUCCAACCAUCACUACUUGCAGCGACCCUCAGUCUACCUUUUGGUCCUCAAUGGUCAUGAACGAUGCUCAACUGCCGUCUCCAACUCCAUCAUUCAGCCAACCGUAUACAACGGAGAGUCAUUAUUGUAGCUCGCCUCCAGCAAUGGCUCCGAUCCCGUCUCUUCCACUCCCUAGCGUCCUGGCUCAGCAGUGCGGCACCAGUGCCAUCAACUCGAGCUAUCACGGUAGCUAUCACAGCUACGGAUGGUCGAACGACUUCACUCCACAAUACGCUACCGGCUACUGAUCACGUGGCAUAUUUUGCCCUCUAUGCCCCACUCACUCCACGGACGGCCUCUUAAUCCUUGCCUCAGAUGCGACGCCUGACACGAGACUCACCGAUACCGAUGCAUGACGCGAUGCCGCCCACGGCUUC